CCCUUUUGUGGCCGUCGCUGAAGCGCCAGCGGCCGAAAUGAAGUUCAAUCCCUUUGUGACUUCUGACCGAAGCAAGAACCGGAAAAGGCAUUUCAAUGCGCCUUCCCACAUUCGCAGGAAGAUUAUGUCUUCCCCUCUUUCUAAAGAGCUGAGACAGAAGUACAAUGUCCGAUCCAUGCCCAUCCGGAAGGAUGAUGAAGUUCAGUUUGUACGAGGGCACUACAAAGGGCAGCAAAUUGGCAAAGUAGUCCAGGUUUACAGGAAGAAGCAUGUAAUCUACAUUGAACGAGUGCAGCGGGAGAAGGCUAAUGGCACGACUGUCCAUGUGGGCAUUCACCCCAGCAAGGUGGUUAUCACCAGACUAAAACUGGACAAAGACCACAAAAAGAUCCUCGAACGUAAAGCCAAGUCUCGCCAAGUAGGAAAGGAAAAGGGCAAAUAUAAGGAAGAAACAAUUGAGAAGAUGCAGGAAUGAAGUAAUCUUGUAUACAACUUUCAUUAAAAACUGUUAAAAUGAAAAAAAAAGAAAAAAAAAUAACGAAGUGGAAUCCUCUGUAGAGAGAGCAGCCCUUGAAGACUGAUGUCACCGAUUUGACCAGUGUCACUCAUGUUACCCAAGGUAGGAGAGAAUUCAAAGUCUUGACACGAUAAUGGAGGCCCACUGAUUUCAAGGGCUGACCUUGAGAACUGAGUAUAUUUAAGCUUUUUCUUAAAUAUGUUUAGACUAUAUUAUCUCCCAAGAAAUGGAAUCUGAAGGAGGCUCAUACCCCAGUCCCCACCCCUCCCGCCCAACAGGACGAGCACUCACAUCCCCUGUGAGGCCUGUGGCAGAGCAUUCAACUCAGACCAGGGUCACAGUUCAGGACCACCAGACCCAGCCUCGGGUUGUACAGCAAAAGCGGGAAGGAUUCUGAGAGGUAGACUUCGAGAUUUACUGAAGGAAGUGCCAGUGGUCUUUCCGGGCAGUGACAGCGUCCUGACUGUCUGUCCAUGUGAUGUAACUGGGCCUUGAGAGUUCCUUCUGAAGAGACCAAAGGAAGAAAAAGAGAAGUUGGGCUUAAGCCACACAAAUUUAGAUUGAGUUGCCACGUCUGAACUUAUUACUCAAUGAAGCAGAUAA